AAAGUUCUAUGUUUAGCUAUGAUAGAGAUUUAAAAGAAAUAUGGACUGAACCUGUGACGGAUAUCGAUAUUGCUGCAAAAAGAGUUUGUCUACAACAGAAUAACGAAGUCUGAAAAAAGAAAGAUUGUACGUUGCGAUUUCUAAAUGUCAAUGUGGCGGAUGUACUACAUAAACAUGUAGUUAAGUACCCGUGACAUCAUAGCAUAGUUGUUUAAAGGAGGCGCGGAUCAAACAUUUACGGGAUCAGCUAAUAUAAAGUAUUGUUGUCAGCAUGUUUGGCUUAGUGUCCUUCAAGGAGAACCACGGCUAUCGCAAUUCGUCGCGAAGUGUUCCACUAAAAGCAAUUGACAUCCAAGUUUCGAUCCAUGGGUUCAUUGCUAACGUUCAGUCUGUGCUUCAUUACUUUAACGACGGCGACAAUAACACGGAGACAGAGUUUGUUUUUCCAUUGAACACAGACUCAGCAGUCUAUAAGUUUGAGGCCGAGAUAGACGGGAGGACUAUAGUAGCAGAUGUCUGCGACAAAUCACAGGCUAUAAUGAUAUACAAAGAUGCGGUCAGUUCGGGUCACACCGCCAUGUAUAUGGCGGAAGAUGACGAGGCUGGUGACGUCUUCCGUUUAAGACUUGGAAACCUUCCUGCAAAGGCAGCGGCCAAGCUGACGUUUGCUUAUGUGCAAGAACUGGAGUUAAACGCUGAUCAAACCGGAACCUUUACGCUUCCAUCUGUCCUCAAUCCUCGAUAUAUACCUGACUGUACACCAGCAGAAGGAUCAAAUGGAGAGGAAUCGCAGGAAGAAGACCAAGAGACGACUAUAUUUCAGUCUGAUGUAGAUGUAGCAUAUUUUUCCGAUUUUUCAAUUACAUUAAAUGCUGAAAUUGCUGGAGGGGAAAAUAUGAAAGUGUUUGAAAACAAACUGGAAUUCGACGUGUUCUCUGGAGCAAUGGAGAAAGCGAUGACAUCAACAAAACAACUAAAGCAUGGUUCUGACUUUUUAUUACUCUUAUACUACAAAGGAUUUAACAGUCCAAGAGCAAUUAUUGAGAAGGGCAACAAAGAUGAACAAAAUGCAUUUAUGUCAUCAGAUGUUAUGAUGGUAAAUUUCUCACCAGAAUUCAAAGACAUAGAAACAGAAAUACCCUGUGAAUUUGUCUUUAUAAUUGAUCGAUCAGGCUCAAUGCACGGGGAUCGUAUAAAUAAAGCAAAGGAAGCCUUAUUGCUCCUCUUGAAGUCUCUCCCUGUUGACUGUUUGUUUAACGUCGUCAGUUUUGGUUCCGUUUUUUCAUUUUUAUUUCCAAAGAGUCAGCAAUACAAUGAGGAGAACCUAGAGGAAGCCUUAAAUCUGCAAAAGAAAAUGGACGCAGAUAUGGGAGGAACAGAGAUUUAUAAGCCUCUCGAGGAGGUGUUCAGAACUAAACCAAUAAAUUCGUAUGCAAGACAGAUAUUUUUGCUAACAGAUGGAGAAGUUAGCAAUGUUUCAAAAAUUGUGGACCUGGUGAGAAGACAGAAGAAUACAAGGGUGUUUACCUUUGGAAUCGGAUACGGUUGCUCGUCAGAUCUUGUAACAAAGGUGGCAAGAGCAAGUCAGGGAAAGGCAACUUUUGUAAGAGAUAAUGAAAGACUGCAGUCUAAGAUUAUGUCUGCUCUGAAAUGCAGCCUUCAAAGUGCACUUACCGAUGUGUCGUUAUCUUGGAGCCUUCCAAAAUGUUGCACUGUCAUCAACUCCCCAGAAGAAGUCUCCGGUGUUUUCCAAGGAGAAAAACUCAUUUUGUAUGCAAUAAUUUCAGGAGAGAUACCAGAGGAUUACUCUUGUGGAACUUCUUUGAAAAUGGUUGGGAAAGCUGGGAAGAAAUCAGUUGAGUUUUCGGUAGACUUUGAUCUUAGCAAAUCAAGAGACACUACUGACAAUUCAUAUCCUCUGCACAGACUCGCUGCUAAGACAAAAUUAUCAGAGAUGGAGAUUAACAGAAGUGACAAGGGCAUAAUGGUAGCACUUAGCACAGCGCUUAAUGUAACAUGCAAAUAUACGGCAUUUGUUGGCGUCGACAAAACUAAAAGAGAAACUCAAUCAAGAGGUCAAGACAAGGACUCCUCAUGCAAAACUGAGGUCUCUGAAUCAUUGGAUGAUGAUUCCUCUCUUAAACUUAGUGACCUUGACCUAUCAAUGACAAAAUCUAGCUCUUUGCCGGGAUUAGGAAGACGAUUUGCGAACUUUUGUGCAAGUCUUUUACCAUCGAGAUCAAAGAAAACAAAAACCAGGAAAUCUUCACACACCCGUAGCAAAGAGAGAAAGUUUUACUGUAUUUCAGGUCGUCCAUAUGAAAUGAAGUGUGCUGGAUUUAUUGAUGGUCGGUCUACUCUGUCUGCAGGACCCCAAUCGUCAUAUGUUUCUUCAUGUAUGAAUUCUGGAAGCAUUUCAAAUAAUUUACAUGGAGAUCUUUCAAUGCGAGCCGCGCAAGUGGACGCCACCAUGUGUUCUGGAAGCUUUUCAGAUGAUUUUCAAGAUGAAAGUGAAGAAGACUGUGCAAGUCUUAGUGAUUUAAGAAGAGAUCUAGAUUUAAGAAAAGAUGAAGCUCCUUCACGAAUGAUACAGUUAAUAGAAAGACAGAAAUUCAAUGGAUCCUGGUCACUAGAUGACUGUCUAUCACAAAUCCUUAAUAAACCAUUGGAUGAAAUGAAAAACUCAAGUGUGAUCAAGGACACUGAUGUUUGGGCCACAGCUCUUGCAAUUGCAUUUUUAAGAAAAGAGUUUUCAGCUCAAAAAAAUGAGUGGGAAAUGAUAGAACAGAAAGCAAUGAAAUGGUUAAAAACUAAAGAUAUGGAGGGAAAAGAUAUUGUACAGGAAGCUGUGACAUUUUUGUCUGCUUAACAUUGCAUUCAUGUUGCAUAUUAUUGUCAAAGAAACAACUACUUAGUUUAAAAUGAAAAUUGAAUUCUAUAAUUUUUUAUGUCGAAGUUAUAAAAAUGAACGUUCGGUUAUGAGCAAUUUAAAUGUGCCUUAAAGUACAGUAUUGAUAGUAUAUUUAGAUGUAAACUGAUAUGUUAACACCAGCAAUGACAUGAAUGUCAGGGAUAAUUAUCUAGUUCAAUAAACAAAGGCAUUUUUUUUAUCAUGUUUUUAGUCUCACAAUCUCUUUCAACGUUUCACUUUUUAAUUUUUUUUGCCAAGAACCACGCUUCGUGAGAAAAACAUAAGAUGCAUACAAAACAGGCAUAUUUUACAAUUUAAGGAAUUCAAGUCUCCUGUUUACUGGUUGGUUGGAGUAAAUAACACUAUAGAAACGAAUUUAAAAGGCUACAAUUAGACCACCAAACUACUUUCAUUUAUCUUUAAAAUUAAGAAUUGAAUUCUUCGAAAUAUGCCUAUAGAGUAAAGGGUAACAAAAAUGGUUUUAAUCAGGCAUCCUUUUUUUCCAGAAGGGAAAAGUUAAGGGUAAAGAAGUGUAAUGGAUUAUAGACCGUCUGAAAUACAGAAAAGAGAAUAUAAUUUAUAAGCAUAUAAACUUUUAUCUUUUGAAAAAAUUUGACAAUUAUUUCUCACAACAAAAUAAAUACCAGGUUUUUGACGUCAUAAAAACUUUGGAUUGCCUAUCUUCACAGCCUCACAGAAAAAAAUAAGAUCCAGUAAUUUUUCAUUCGUUCUCUACAAAUUUAUUUCUUUAAAAAUCAUUCUGAAGUUGUUAAUUGAAAAAUAUUGAGUUUUUGAUUGACAAUUAGUAUGUUAGUAGUUUAAUGAAAUCUUCCAUAUCUUCUGGCAUGCGCAAUUUGUUGAUUUUCCUCGAUUACUCAUUGUGUUUCUAUAUUAGAGGACAUGUUUUUCUUAUAUCUGAUGAAGCGGAAUAGCUAUGACCUUUUUUUCAACAUUUAGAUUAAUUUUACCGAUAGGUUUUAUCCAUAACAAUAUUAU